GCGGGAGCUGAGGCAGCCGGUUGGUGACAGUAAAUGACGGACGAGCUGGGCUACGGCUACGUUUUCACAGUUUAACGGCGGUUGCUGGGUUCCCUCGUGCAGCGCGAUGCAGUCGAGCCAGCAGAAACUGGCGGAGAAACUGACCAUCCUGGACGACCGCGGGGUGGGCAUGCUCACGCGCAUCUACAACAUCAAAAAGACGGUGAAUUUUGACCUGACCAAGAACUUCCUGGACUUGGUUGUGUGCUACGCCACGCUCUUGAUGCUGCUCUCCCGCAUUGAGGAGCGCAAAGCCAUCAUCGGACUCUACAACUACGCUCACGAGAUGACGCAUGGCUCCAGCGACCGGGAGUACCCGAGGCUCGGCCAGAUGAUCGUGGACUAUGAGAACCCGCUGAAGAAAAUGAUGGAAGAGUUUGCCCCUCACAAUAAGUUGCUGUCAAACGCCCUGGUUUCCCUCCAGACAGUGUACCCCCGCAGGAACCUGUCUGCUGACCAGUGGAGGAAUGCCCAGCUGCUGAGCCUGAUCAGCGCCCCCAAUGCCAAGCUGAACCCGGUCCAGUCAGACACGAUGCCCUGCGAGUACCUGUCCCUGGACACCAUGGAGAAGUGGAUUGUCUUCGGCUUCCUGCUGAGCCAUACAGCGCUGAACAGCGAGCCGGCUGCACUCAGCCUCUGGAAACUGGCCCUGCAAAGCGGCUCCUGCCUCUGCCUGUUCCGCGACGAGGUCUUCCACACGCACAAGGCAUGCGAGGACCUGCUGGUGGGCCUACGUGGCUACAACAAGCGCAUCAAUGACAUCAGGGAAUGCAAAGAGGCGGCGGCGGCGGCACAUGCAUAAGUGCGCCCCUGCUGCGGCUCCAUGCACAGAGAGAGGCGUCGCUUCCUCAGGUCAGCCCUGAAGGAAUUGGCCACGGUGCUGUCUGACCAGCCGGGACUGCUGGGCCCAAAGGCCCUCUUCGUCUUCAUGGCACUUUCAUUUGCCCGUGACGAGAUAGUCUGGCUACUGCGCCACACCGACAACGUGCCCAAGAAGAACGCCGAUGACUUCACUGAUAAGCACAUGGCAGAGCUCAUUUUCUACAUGGAGGAGCUAAGGUCUCAGGUGUGGAAGUAUGGACCCGUAAUUCAGCGCUACUACGUGCGGCACCUGUCCGGGUUCGACGCCGUGGUGCUCGACGAGCUCGUUCAGAACCUGUCCAUGUGUUCCGAGGACGAGUCCGUCAUAAUAUCCUCCUUUGUGAACACGAUGACUUCGUUCAGUGUUAAACAAGUGGAGGAUGGCGAGGUGUUUGAUUUCAGGGGCAUGCGCCUCGACUGGUUCAGGUUGCAGGCCUACACAAGCAUCUCCGAGGCCUCCCUGGGAAUCGCCGAGCACCAGGAGCUCGGCAAGACCAUGAACACCGUCAUCUUCCACACCAAGAUGGUGGAUUCCCUGGUGGAGAUGCUUGCAGAGACCUUGGACCUGUCCAUCUUCUGCUUCUACAGCCGUCCCUUCGAGAAGAUGUUCCAGCAGUGCCUGGAGUUGCCGUCGCAGUCGCCCCACUCGAUCGCCUUCGCUUUGCUCUGCACCCACGAGCUCUGCCCCGAGGAGCAGCACCACAUCGGCGACCGCAGUCUGUCCCUCUGCAACAUGUUCCUGGACGAGAUGGCGAAGCAGGCGAGGAACCUCAUUACGGAUAUCUGCACGGAGCAGUGUACCCUCAGCAACCGGCUGCUGCCCAAACACUGCGCCAAGACCAUCAGCCAAGCGGUGAACAAGAAGUCCAAGAAGCCCACGGGCAAGAAGGGCGAUCUGGAGCAUGAGAAGCCUGGGGUGGAGAGCACGCGCAAGGACAGGCUCCUGGUCACCAGUCUGGACAAGCUACGCACAGCCCUGUCCGAGCUCUGCUUCUCCAUCAACUACGUGACGAACAUGACGGUUUGGGAGCACACGUUCACACCUCGCGAGUACCUCACCUCCCAUCUGGAGAUGCGCUUCGCCAAGUCCAUUGUAGGUAUGACCAUGUACGACCAAGCCACGCAGGAGAUUGCCAAGCCCUCAGAGCUGCUGGCCAGCGUUCAUGCCUACAUGACCAUGCUCCAGUCCAUGGAGAACCACGUGCAGAUUGACAUCACCCGAGUCUUCAACAACGUGCUGCUGCAGCAGACGCAGCACCUGGACAGCCAUGGCGAGCCAACCAUCACCAGCCUCUACACCAACUGGUACCUGGAGACGCUGCUGCGGCAGGUGAGCAACGGCCACAUCGCCUACUUCCCCGCUAUGAAGGCGUUCGUCAACCUGCCCACAGAAAACGAGCUCACCUUCAAUGCCAAUGAGUACUCCGACAUUUCUGAGAUGAGGGCACUGUCAGAGCUGCUGGGUCCAUAUGGGAUGAAGUUCCUCAGCGAGAGCCUCAUGUGGCACAUCUCGUCCCAGGUUGCCGAGCUGAAGAAACUGGUGGUGGAAAAUGUGGAAGUUCUCACUCAGAUGAGAACCAGCUUUGACAAGCCUGAGCAGAUGGGCACGCUGUUCAAGAAGCUGACCUCAGUGGACAGCGUCCUGAAGAGGAUGACCAUCAUUGGCGUUAUUCUGUCCUUCCGCUUGCUGGCCCAGGAGGCUCUGAGAGAUGCGAGUUUUUUUUCUACCGUCGUCUGCUGCCCCAGGGUGCUCUCGUGCCACGUUCCCUUCCUGCUGAGCUCCAUUGAGGAUUUCAAGGACCAUAUUCCCCGAGAGACAGAUAUGAAGGUGGCCAUGAACGUGUACGAGUUGUCCUCGGCCGCAGGCCUGCCCUGUGAGAUCGACCCGGCCCUCGUGGUGGCGCUAUCUUCCCAGAAGUCCGGGCAGAGAGAACGUGGUCUGUGUUUGCUCUCUGAGCACAUGGAGGGCAGUACAGAGCACCCAGACAGAACAGAACAGGAGUCUUUAGCGGCGGCGCUCUUCACCAUCCACAAGGGCAGCAUUGAGGAUCGCCUCAAGGAGUUCCUUGCUGUAAGAACCCGCCGCCGCCACUUAUCCACGUCUGCGCCCUCACAAGUUGUUCUGUAUCUCAGUUCCUUUUUCUGCAAGUUUUCCUCCAUCGCGGAACCCAUAUGUACUCCAUUUUUCUGCCCUUUGGUUGAAUUUCAACUCUCCUCAAAAGCUCUAGUAUCUUAUGUGUACUUAGGAUUUUUAUUGCACUCAUGUCAUAUUACACUGGCACCUCAGCCUAUCAGCCCCAAGUCGAGAAUUUUCUCACAGGCUUGACUUGUGACUUUUUGACAACACGUUUCCCAGUUCAUUUAUUUAUUUAAAUUGUAUUUUCUUUACUUCUCACACACGUUGUCUGAAACCGCUU